UUGUCGUGAAAGGUUUCGUCAAUAAAUAUUUGAGAUUCCCAUCAGGGGAUGUGAGAAAUAUAAUAAGACGAAUUUAUGUUAUCAAUCUUCGUAUUCGUCUCAUUUCUCACUUCUCAAUCAAACGCACAAUUGCCGGUUUCGAGUUCAUUUAAACCUUAACUAAACAUGACAACAUAAAAAACAAUCGAAUUUAAUUUCAAUUUAAAAUUCCAUUUUGUGUUUACACUUUUCGACUGACCUUCAACUUGAGCUUGCUUUUAGUUUCGUUUCGUGUCUGAGUCACUUCAGUAGCAACACUUUUCUUCAAAGUUUUUUCUCUUCAUUUUUUUGAUAGAUAUUUUAAAUAUUUUCGUCGUGAAAAUUAACACUUGAGAGUGAUUUAAAAGUUUACAAAGAUUGAUUGUUGAAAAGGUUCAAGUUUGUCAACAAAAAAUAAAUUCUUUAAAAAAGAAAAAACUUAAAGUGAUAUCAAAUAAUUGAUGAUAAGAAUUUGAAGACAAUGUUUCGACGUUUCUCACUCUUCGAUUCAUCACCGCCAUCAGCGAAAGUUUCUGUAAAUCCACCACGACAAAGCGGUAAAAUCAGCAGAAAGUCAUCAUUCAAAGAUGCUUUUAUAAGCACUUUCAAUCGGCAAAGUUUUUCGCCACCGCCAUUCAUCACAUCAUCAAAAAAAGAUCAUCCAAAGCGAUCAAAAUCUUUGGAGCAUUCGUCAGUUGCAAUCGCGCCAUUAGAGCCACCAAAUGAUGGCGUAAAAAAACGAUCUAAGUCAACAACACUUCCACCAGUAAUUAAUCGAACUUUACCCCAUGGAUCAACUACCAGUAACCGCUGGUUUAAUCGACUUGGAAACCCCAUUCACAGACCACCACGACCAUUAUCAUUCCAAUAUCAUUUACCUGUUGCUGAUCCCUUCUUAGAGAAAGUUAAUUUAUCAGAUUUAGCAUCAUUGCAACGUUAUCCAUUGAGAAGACGAGAUGCUGAGCAGCAAAUGCAACUUGUCUUCUACUCAAAUUAUGCUGGUCGAUUGGUUUUGGGUGGUGAACAAUCGAGUUCUUGGAACAGUGAAGUUUAUCCAUUAGCAAGCAUUAAAGAAUUUGAGAUUAUUUCAAUAGAAUGGCAGAGACUGUUGGCACGAUUGUUACAAAAAGAAGAAGAUGAGUCGCAAAUUUUCGUCAAAUUCUUCCGCUUCCACAAAUGUUACGAUCUGGUACCCACAUCGGCAAAACUUGUCGUAUUUGAUACUCAAUUAUUAGUCAAGAAAGCAUUUUAUGCUUUAGUCUAUAAUGGUGUUCGUGCAGCACCACUUUGGGACUCAGAACAACAGAAGUUUGUCGGCAUGUUGACCAUCACAGAUUUUAUAAAAAUAUUGAAAAUGUACUACACAUCACCGAAUAGCUCAAUGGAUCAAUUGGAAGAGCACAAGCUUGUCACAUGGCGAAAUGCUCUCAACGAUUAUGUGAAUUUAGUUAGUAUUAGUCCAGACGCAUCACUUUAUGAUGCUAUCAAAACAUUGAUUCAUAGUCGCAUUCAUCGAUUGCCGGUGAUUGAUCCAUUGACUGGAAAUGUCUUGUAUAUAUUGACCCACAAACGAAUACUUAGGUUCCUGUUUUUAUAUAUUAAUGAGCUACCGAAGCCAACAUACAUGCACAAGACGCUUCGUGAAUUGAAAAUUGGCACGUAUGAUAAUAUUGAGACGGCAACGGAAGACACAACUAUUAUUACUGCUUUGCAUAAGUUUGUUGAACGUCGUGUGUCAGCUUUACCAAUGGUUGAUAGUGAAGGUCGACUUGUGGAUAUUUAUGCCAAAUUUGAUGUGAUUAAUCUUGCUGCUGAAAAGACUUACAACGACUUGAAUGUGUCACUGAAGAAAGCAAACGAGCACAGAAAUGCUUGGUUUGAAGGCGUUCAAAAGUGCAACUUGGAUGAGUCGCUGUUCACUGUGAUGGAAAAAAUUGUUCGCGCUGAAGUUCACCGACUUGUGGUGGUCGACGAGGAUGAGAAAGUGAUUGGAAUUAUUUCCUUCGUUGAAGAGGCAGAAGUUGCUGAUGAGGCGCUUCCAUCGACAGAUGAAAAGACUGAUGACGAUACAAUUGAUAAUGAGAACAACAAUGUUGAGUCACCACCAACAUCACCAACAAAGAAUGAUGAAGUGAUUCAUAUUGAUGAGGACGAUGAAGAUGGCGUUGAAUUAUCCCCAAUAAACAACAAUGGCAGCAAUAACUUAAGUAGCACACUUAAAAUGCAACGCGAAGUCGCGAUGGUUAGCGAGUAA